UAGCAGAGCAUUUGCAACCUCGAAAAAACAGUGUCUCAUCACAAGGUCAUAUCUAAUGGUAGUUAUAAGCUCAGUAUCGUGUUUUACAUUUACUAUUCUUGCUUCUCUUUUCAUCUUUUCAUAUGCUCAAGUACCAUGCUCAAACUACACCUUCGUAUCCCAUCAGCAUUUCAAUUCUUGUAUCGAUCUUCCUCAUCUUGAUGCUCAUCUUCACUGGACUUAUUUCCCAUCUGUCAACAAAGUUGCAAUCGCAUACCGGGCAGGACAAGAUCCUAGUGGAUGGAUUGCAUGGGCAAUUAACCCUACUGACACCGGCAUGGUGGGAUCACAAGCACUCGUGGCCUUUUACGACAGCAAUGGAAGUAUUACCACAUACACGACACCGAUUUCCAGUUAUAGUCCUUCGAUGCAACCAGGAGACCUUAGCUUUCAGGUCUCGAACAUGUCUGCAGAAUACACAAAUAAUGAGAUGAUCAUAUUUGCUGUUCUAGGUCCACUUAACAACCAAACCAACUUUAACCAUGCAUGGCAAGCUGGGGACACAGUUUCUAACAACAUUCCUCAAAUGCACACUACCACUGGACCGAAUGUCCUGUCCUUUGGGGAAAUCGACUUUCUUUCAGGCUAGAUGUCAGUUCUUUAGGCAGAGCCAUAAUUUAUUUGAUGAGUUUUUGAGAUUUUGCGUUAACAACAGAAUUUUAGCUUAGCAUUAAUCCAAUUCCAAGUGCCGAAGAUCUCUGGAUCUUCUGCUUGAAUUAAAU